UCUCAGUUUGCUUUGCACACCGAAACUGGAAGAUGCAGUGAUGGUGGGCGGCAAUGAGCGGCAUGAGCUGAUAGAGGAUGAGAGGAGACGGGUUAUUGAGCAUCUGCAGACGGGGACUGAAAUGAUGGUGUAUCAGCAGAGGGUUGAGAGACUCACCGUUCAGGUCAUUAUAGAGAGCAUGCAAGUGGCCUUGACACGCUCCGACGACAGGAUAGUCAGAAUGUUGGACAUUUUUGAGUUCAAGGAGGUUCGCCAGUGGGAGACAUUUAAGGAUUUCCAAAGAUUUAAUGAGAGCAGGGGGAGUAGAUUUCGAAGAAUCUUUGGCCAAUCUGAAAAAGAGCUUCAGCAGGACAGCAAAACCUGUUUCACCAUCUUCUAUGGAUCUGAGUUCAUUUUAAAAUCACUGAGUCUAAAAGCUGAUUCAGUGGAGGAUGCAGAAAAAUGUCUGACAGGACUGAAGUUACUCAGAAAGGAAACACUGGCGGCUCACACACUAGAGAUUAUAGAGAGUUGGCUGAGGAAGCAGAUGUACUCGGUUGAUCAAACAAAGAAAAACAGCAUCACCCUGAAAGAGCUCAAGUCUCUUUUGCCACAGAUGAACUUCACUGUACCAGGUGGACGUUUUCUGGAGGACAGAUUUGUGGAGGUGGCAGCAAAUGAUUAUUCCCUGGACUUUCAGCGGUUUUACAAAUUCUACCAUCUUUUAAUAUUUGAAAACCAGAAGAUGUUGCUAGAAGAGUUUGAAAAGGGGUCUGCAGCUUUCAUAAUAAGUAAUGCUGAUAGUCCUGAAUCUUCUGUAGUUCCCAUCUAUGAUUUUCAAAACUUUCUUUUAUAUCGACAAAAGGAUGCCUGGGCCAGAAAUUUUAACCAGGUUCAGGAGCUGAUGACCAGUUUCAUCAGUGACACCAUGAGGAAGACCAACAAUCCAACACUUACUGUUGGAGAGUUCCUCAGUUUUCUCUUCUCCAAAGAGAACUCGAUUUGGGAUGAGAAGUUCUCAGAACUUUGCCCACUGGACAUGAACAAUCCUCUGUCUCACUACUGGAUCAACUCUUCUCACAACACAUAUUUGACUGGAGAUCAACUGCGCAGUGAUUCAUCAACAGAAGCUUACGUGCGCUGCCUGAGGCUGGGCUGCCGCUGUAUUGAGUUGGACUGCUGGAAUGGUCCAGAAGAACCUGUCAUAUACCAUGGACGAACCAUGACCUCCAAGAUUAAGUUUAAGGAUGUGGUGAAGGCCAUCAAUGAUCAUGCUUUUAUAACAUCUGAGUAUCCUGUGGUGCUGUCCAUAGAACAACACUGUGACAUCAAGCAACAGAAAAUGAUGGCUCAGAUCUUACGAGAUGUUUUCCAAGACAAGCUCCUGACCGAGCCGCUGGAACCAGAAGCAGAAAAUCUACCCUCACCAAACCAGCUGAAGGGCAAGAUCAUCAUCAAGCACCAGAAAAUAAAAGAGAGUGAUCAAACAGUUAAGCUGGAAGAAGAAAGGGGAAACACAGCUGUGAAAAGAAAAUUAGACAGCUUCAAGAAAAUUGGAAACACUUGCAGGAUAAGAAAAGCUAAAGAAAACCGUGUAGUGGAAAAGGAAGGAGAGCUUUGCAUCUGGGAUCCAAUAGAUAAGAGGUUUUACAGGCAUGACUGUGUGAUCUCAGAUAACAAGCUGUACUAUUCUGAAGAGAAGUGGGAGGAAGACAGUCCUGAGGACGCAGAGCUGCACCUGUCAGAGCCCUGGUUUCAUGGACUGUUGGCUGAAGGCAGAAUAACCGCUGAAAAACUCUUGCGUGAUUUCUGUCAAGGGAAGAAUGGAAAAGAUGGAACCUUCCUGGUGCGAGAAAGUGAAAAGUUCAUCAGAAACUACAGUAUCUCCUUGUGGACAAGCGGGAGAAUUCAGCACUACAGAAUCUUCUGUUCCUCAGAAUAUGGUCAAUGGUCCUUCUACUUAACAAGCAAGCAGCGCUUUUCUAGUAUGUGUGACUUGAUCGAGUAUUACACACGAAAUCUGAUCAAGUAUGAUGGAUUCAAUCUGUGCCUCAAUGGUUUCCUGCCUCGGCUUAAUUUUGUGCCUCCCCACCAUAUGGGGUGGUUUUACAGUAACCUGAGUCAAGCUGAAGCAGAAGACUAUCUUCUGAGGAUCCCUCGAGAUGGAGCCUUCCUCAUCAGACAAAGAGAAGAGCCUGACACCUUUACCCUUUCCAUCAGAGUUGACGGGGAUGUCGAACAUUAUCUGGUUUACCAAUACAACAGCAAGUAUGUGUUGGCAGACACCUACGAGUUUGGUAGCCUUGAGGACCUGGUUAGCUGUUUUCGUGAUGAGCUUUUCUACGGCAAGACAAAACUACGCUAUCCUGUAACGCCACAGUUAGUGGAGCGCUUCUGUUUGGAGGAUCUCUCAACGUGUGAUAGUGAGCAGUACAGUGAAGUUGCUAAAGACAAUCCUUUAGGUGACCAGUGUAAAGGUGUGGUGGACAUCUCAAAGUGUACCGUUGCAUGCAAAGCCAAACAUGCCAGGCCCCUCGUGGUGACCCUUUUGAAUAGGGAGAAUUUGAAGCUAACUGAGUUCACGUGUGAGAUCGUGGAGCAGGUGAACGAAUGGUACCAGGUGCUUCUGAACAUCAUCCAAAAUGAGCAGAGUUUGGAGAAAGCGAGAAUAGCAGAAAUGGAGUCCAAAACCAAAAUAGCUGUUCAGAUGUCAGAUAUGGUGGUAUACUGCCAAUCUAUCAAGAAAAAGACUUUUGAAAAUUACAACUACAAAGAGGUGCGUUCCGUUCCGGAUAACAUGGUUCCAAAAGAGGGGAAUGAAACUGCCGUGGAGAAAUCAGACUGCAUUUUGGAGUAUAACCGCAAAGCUUUGACCCGUGUGUAUCCCGGCAGUGGGCGAGUUGAUUCCUCAAACUUUGAUCCUUGUCCUUCUUGGAAACUAGGCUGCCAAAUGGUGGCUCUUAACUUCCAAACUGCUGAUAAAUUCAUGCAGUUGAACAGUGCUCUCUUCAGUCUGAAUGGAGGCACGGGUUAUGUGCUUAAACCAGAGUGGAUGCGAACUCCAACCAAGAAGAAACCUGCUAAACAAACCAUCAGAAUCAGAGUGAUGGCAGCCAGGCAUCUGCCCAAUCCAGACCACAUUGUCAGUCCGUUUGUGCAGGUUGAGUUGUGGCCGUACACAGGAGGUCAAGCAGACGACUACAGUUUCAAGACUACACUCUUCAAGGACAACGGACUGAAUCCAGUGUGGCUGGGCCCAAUGAAUCCACCCAAAUUCUUUAAAAUAGAUGAGCCAGACUUGGCCUUCCUGCGCUUUGUGGUUUUUGAGGAGGACACAUUCUCUGAUGCCAAGUUUCUUGCACAAGCCACUUUUCCUAUUAGAGGUAUUCGCUCAGGGUAUCGAUCUGUUCCACUGAAGAACAGGUUUAGUGAAAACCUGGAGCUUUCAUCUCUUCUGGUGCAUGUACAGCAGCUGGAGGUGUAAAGCCUUAACCACAAGGAACUUGCAGACGUGUCAAUGUGAAUAUGGUGAAAAGAAGGACGUGGUUUAGCCUUGGUCUUGUUUUUUUGGAAGAUACAUUCCAGAUUCUGGAUCAUUGUGGAAAUAAAUUGUCAGGACUGCAGAGCAGUUACUGUGAUACUGAAUGAGAUCUUAAUAAACUGUAUAUACCGUAUGUGCAUUACAUAUAAAUGUGUAGAUGUGUUCACAUGCUACUGAUAUGAGAAUUGUCAUUGUUAUCAUUUCUCAAAAUAAUAUCAAGCGUGCAUAUCAAAAUAUGUAAAACCAUUUUUGAAACAAAUGACUAAACUAAAACACGUCAAUAAAAAAAGCUUUGAAAGCUUUCUAUUUGAAACAUAUUCACAGACAGUUUAUUUUCAUUGAAACUGGUUCACAUAUUAGGCUUAUUUUCCUGUUGAAGGUUGUGUUCUCAUUACAACAGCCACAGAGCAGCAGCAGCAGCAACAGCAGCAGCAGCAACCCAGCUGUAGAUAGAAGCAGAAAAACACAGAAGAAAUAAGGGCAGCAGUUCUAUCUGCAAAAACUCCAGGAGUCAUGGGAAAUGUAGUUCAUUCUGUAUGUACACGACUGGGCCGCACGGACCCCAUCCACAUCAGAUUAAGACUCAGUCUCAAUUCAACAUAGCAAAAAGCGCUUUUCAAGAAAAUAAAAAAGCUGAAAUUAAUGUGACAUUAUAUGUUGAUAAGGAGACAUUGGAAACAAAUAGCACAGUGAGUUCCACAGGAUAUUACAAAUUAAUCAAGAAACUGAAGUACAAACUGGAUUUCAACUUCAAUAGAUUAGCCAUUGUCUCAAAGAUAUGGCGCUUUUUUAUAAUUUUGUAACAAAAUGAAGGCCGAGGGAAACCCAGCCCCCUGAAUCCUUCCCGCCACAGAGAAAAAUGGUCCGCUUUUAGGACUGAAGACCAUUACAAUGUAUCAGCUUGAGUUUCACCAGUGUACAGAAUGGCACUGGUCUAGUCCACCAUAACACACUCCCAAUAUAAUCCAUCAGUUUACACUAACUCUGUCCAUCUUUCACUUUUAGAAACACGUAUUGAUCCAUAUGGUAAGUGGUUGAAGGGGCUAGUGAUUUUACCCUUUACAUUAAAUCUAUAUGUUCAAAUUGCAAACAUGCAAAAAGAGAAACAAAACAGGCAACGAAAAUGGAUUAAACUUAUACAGUCAAAAAAACGAAACAAAUAGAACACAAUGACAGUGCACUUGGUCUGGGUGCGGGAAAGGGAACAAAAAUAGGUGACCAUUUGCACACAUCUUAAAAAAAAAACAAAGGCAACAAACAGUCUCCCAAAAACUUGAGAGAAAGAGAAACGGGAAAUUAUAUACACUCAUAUGUACAUUAUACAGUA